GCGCAUAUCCUGAGAAAAUGACGUGGAAAAUGGACGUCUCCGGGUACGUGGCUCUUCUAAUAUUGUUGGCGACAAUUCCAACGCCUCCAAUUGUCGUGGCAGUUACGGUAAAAUUAAGCGAAUUUUGUGCGUUGCCGACGCCGCAGAACAAAUGUAUUAGCGUGAACAAAACGGACGGUUAUCGCGUAGCUUGCAGUAAUGGUUUUCACGAGGAAUAUUUGGCCGAAGAUUAUUUUUUAUUGCAAACUCUCAUGCUCUGUCAUUGGCCGUUGGACUACUUCGACCCAGACGUGUCAUUGCGACCAUAUCCGAAACUCACGAAGUUGACGAUAACCAAAAGCAAUAUCAAAGAAAUCAUCGGCGAGUUUCCGCCAUUCUUGCGAAAUUUAAAGACAUUAAAUUUAUCUCACCUGAACUUGGAGCGGGUUAAACCAAGUGUAUUCAGGUACAUGUCAUCGUUGGAAGUUUUGGAUUUGAGUUACAAUAAACUCAAUUACUUGUACCCGCCUACAAUAGAGUAUUUACCAAAACUGAAGCAGCUUUGGUUGGCUGGUCAGUCAUGGUUUUGUAAAAAUGAUUUAUUUUGGUUACUUCAUUUGCCAAAAGACCCACUGUUUAAUUUCAAAGUAAUGGAUUCCAACCGUAUGAUUUGUGGUGGUUAUAAGUACCCUGGAAAACCCGUAAUCCCCGUAUUACGUCUGUUAAGCGACUUAGAAAAAGAAUGCCCUAGCAGCCCACCUGACAACUGUGUGUGUACAUUGGACCAUAUAGUCCACGGUAACAAAGGAGCAUCACACUAUUUGCAUCCAAUGAUCACGGUUGACUGUAGCUAUAGAGGUUUGAAAAUGUUACCGAAAAAACUUCCGUAUAAUACCACAACACUCUUGGUGCAAGGAAAUCAAGUAUCCGCGUUGGACGAUUUGCUUACGAAUCGUCAUUACGCGAAUCUUUUGGACAUCCAUUUGGACUAUAAUUGGAUCAGUUCAAUAAGCAUAUUAGAAGGAUCGCGUUGGUUGACACAAUGCCGAGUACUGAGUUUUAAAGGAAAUAAUCUGACUAAAGUGCCGACGUACGCAUUAGACAAUGCUUUUCAGCGAAAUAACAAUAUUGGUCAACUUUAUUUAGGCGCCAAUCCUUGGCGAUGUGAUUGUUUAUUUGCUCCAGCUUUCCAGGAUUUUCUAAUUAAAUAUCAAUCUUUGAUAAUGGAUCUAUCAGAUAUAAAAUGUUCUUAUCAGCAAGAUGACGAAUACUAUUUAACCCCGAUUCACGAUCUUCCACGGAAUACAUUGUGCAGGAACUCAGCGAAGGGAAUAAACAUGGUGGAUUUUUGGGAUAGUUUGAAUAUAUUUUUAGCAAGUUUAAUAGUUGUAAUAAUUCUAAAGUUCAUUUACGACUACAUACUAUACAAGAAAUAUGGCAUUUUGCCUCGGAUUAUUACGUUGUUGCCUUAA